AUGUCAUACACGCCGACGUCCUACUACGGGCACACCGUCAAGGAUCGCACCGCCGAGUUCCACUCAUGCGUCGAGUCGAUCGCCUCUCGCUCAGCCACCGCCGGUAGCGCCGGACCGGCAUCGGCUUCCAGGCAGAGGCUUCUCAACUCGGGAGGCGCAUCCCAACCAGCCUCGGGAUCCGCAAAGGGAGAGUUUGCCAAGCGCGCCCAGGCAAUCUCAAAGGACAUUGCCUCGACCACCAACAAGCUGCAACGCCUCGCACAGCUGGCUCGGCGCAAGACGCUCUUUGACGACCGUCCCGUCGAGAUCUCGGAGCUGACCUACAUUAUCAAGCAUGACAUCGCCGCCAUCAACAAGCAGCUUGCCGAUCUGCAGGCCUUCAACAAGGCCCAGCGUGGGUCAGGAAGGGCGGGGACGGCGGAUCGCGCCGAAGAGCACCGCGGCAACGUCGUCACCCUGCUCCAGUCCAAGCUAGCCGGCGCCACCACAAGCUUCCAGGACAUCCUCGAGAUCCGCACGCAGAACAUCAAGGCGUCAAAGGAUCGGACCGACCAAUUCAUGUUUGGCGGUAGCGGUGCAGCAGCCAGCGGAGGUGGCGCUGGGGCAGCCAACGGCUCGUUCGCAGAGGGAUUCGGCGAGAAUUCUGACUCGCCCCUCUACAAUCCAACGCGCACAGGCUCAGCCAUGGCCCACCGAUCCAUACCCCAACAGGGGCGGCCCGGGCAGAGCGACGACCAGUACGACUCGUACGAUCCCAAGGGCAAAGGCAAGGCGACCUCGGGUGGAGACGGAGACUUCCUUGCGCUCGACAUGGGGUCAGGCGGCGGUGGCGGCAGCGGGCCUGGAGGCGGCGAUCAGUUCAUGCAGAUGCAGCUGAUGGAGCAACGCCAGGACAACUACCUGGCCACCCGCUCCACAGCCAUCGAGUCGAUCGAGAGCACGAUUUCCGAGCUGGGCCAGAUCUUUUCGCAGCUGGCCCACAUGGUGGCCGAGCAGCGCGAGACGGUGCAGCGCAUCGACGACAACGUCAUGGAGGUCGUCGACAAUGUCGGCGGUGCCCAGCGCGAGCUGCUCAAGUACUACCAGAGCGUCAGCUCCAAUCGGUGGCUCAUGCUCAAGAUCUUUGGCGUGCUCAUCGUCUUCUUUCUAUUGUUCAUCCUGGUCUCGUAA